AUGGCCGGCGCUCGGGGUCCCCGUGUGUUUGUCGUCUGUACAGCGGUGAUCCUGGUUCUUACAGGUAGAUCAGACGCCGCUGUCGUCUCCACCACUCAUGGCGACGUGAGAGGUUCAGAGUUCCUGACCUCCUCUGUUGUUGGAAAUGCCGUCUUUGACCGCGUCUUCACCUUCAAGGGGAUUCCUUACGCCGCUCCGCCUGUGGGGCACCUCAGGUGGCGCCAUCCCCAGGACCCCGCCAGCUGGACAGGUGUCCGUGACGUCACAGAGUUUGGGUCCAGAUGUCCCGGUUUUGAGUUCCCGCGGCCUGAUCCGAUCUACGCCGAGGUUCUUACAUCCAGCAGUCUCGCCAGUAGCGAGGACUGCCUGUUCCUGAACGUGUACACUCCAAACGUGUCCACCACUGCCAACCUGCCUGUGAUGGUAUGGAUCCAUGGCGGGGGUUGGGUACGUGGUAGUGCCGACACCUACCCGGCAGAAAUCCCCACGUCACUCCAUAACGUCGUCAUGGUAACUAUCAACUACCGGCUGGGUAACCUGGGCUUCCUGCCGACCCUGGACGACGACGCACCGGGCAACUUUGGUCUCUUGGAUAUGAUAAAGGCCCUGGAGUGGGUGCGAGGCAACAUCCGGAACUUCGGAGGAGAUCCCGACAGAGUCACCAUAUUUGGAGAGUCAGCUGGAGGCUGGUCCGUGUCUCUGCUCGUCAUGUCUCCCAUGGCAACGGGACUGUUCCACCGGGCCAUCUCUCAGAGCGGCGUGGCGGGAGUUCCAGUCGUACAGAAAGGCGACAUCAAACAAACACAAAACCUCGCCCUCAGCUUGAACUGCAGCACGGACUCCUACGAUGAUAUGAUGAGCUGUCUGCGAGGGUUACCGAGUGACAACUUCUUGACGACGGUAUUUCCCUCAGUGGUCAUCGAUGGUAGAUUCCUGUUACAAAGUCCUUGGGACCUGACGAACCACAAAUUCAUCAACAGGGCGGACUACCUUCUGGGCACCAACAACGACGAGUUCGGGUGGAUGUCAUCAGAGGCCCCGUAUGUGGACGCAGACGGGAUGACCAGGGCAGAGUUCGAAACUAACCUUCCAGAAAAUCUACAACUGAUGGUCAAACAGUACCUGGGCGGCAGAGUUGACACGGUCCUCCAGCCUGCGAUAGACCAGUACCUGGACCCCGACAUGGCGGACGAUCCGAUCUACCUGCGCGACCAGUUCCAACAACUCCUGACGGACGCGUGGUUCGCCGCACCGACGGUCAGGAUGGCGCAGGCCGAGGCAGGCAUGCCGGCAGUAGCGUGGGAAGCCUCCAGUCGAGUGUACCAGUACGAGCUGCAGCACAGCGCGUCGGUCUUCUCCUUUUUCCGUCCGCCGUUUGUCACGGGAGCUGACCACGGUGAUGACUUAUACUUCAUGUGGGGCAUCCCGCUCCUGCGUGACGACACCGGCGCCUCCUGGAAGUACAGCUUCACCCAGGAGGAGAGGGACCUGAGUCUGGACAUGAUGGCGUACUGGGUCAACUUCGCCACUAACGGGGACCCCAAUGACUCGACAGGAGCAGCGCGCAUGCGUGACCUGGUGACCUGGCCACGUUACAUGACGUCAUCUCAAUCCUACCUGAAGCUGGACGUGACGUCAUCUGCUGACGUCAAGAUUCGGGAGUCCAACAUGAAGUUUUGGAACGAGGAGGUGCCGAGGCUGAUGGGAAAGCAUGUCCACAACCACCGCGCCAGCGGCGGGACUCGCGAGACUUCGUGUAGCCUUUCUGUUCUUGUGUUUACGUUUGUUGUUUCCUAUCUGUUGUCCUGAGGUCCUGAUAACAAUCGUCUUGCGCCAUGCUAAUGGUAGUAACGUUAGUACCAUUAGUACCAUUAGUAACAUUAAUGAGUGAAGACCUUUAUUGUACAGUUUUGCCUAACCGAGCUAAGUACAGGUCAC